CCAACCAAUUCUUUAUUCAUUUCCCACUUCUCAAUCUUCUUGCUAUAUUCACGUAACUCCAUCUAUAAAUAGACAUACAUCUCAAGGCUUAUCCUUGCUCAUACAUACACAUCUCCAAAUUAAAACCACUCUAAUUUAGAAAUCAAAUCUUGCUUGUUCAAAUUAACUACCAAUAAUAUGGCAAAGUUGAAGCCGUGUACUCUUCUUGCUUUUCUCUUUGUAUCAACGCUAGCAACGGUCUCCCAAAGCCGAGUCGCGAGGAAAGAUCUUGGUUUGGACUUGGGAGGCUUAGGCGGCGGGGGCUUGGGAGUCGGCCUCGGAGUCGGGGUCGGCAUUGGUUUGGGAGGCGGUGGUAGUGGCUCCGGAGCCGGGGCUGGCUCUGGAGCUGGCUCCGGUGGGGGUGGAAGCUCUAGCUCGAGUUCGAGCUCGAGUUCUUCGAGCUCCAGCUCGAGUGGAGGUGGCGGUGGAGGUGCGGGCUCCGAAGCUGGCUCAUCUGCUGGCUCGUCUGCCGGGUCACGAGCUGGAUCGGGUUCAGGUGGUGCUGGUUCAGAAGCAGGGUCGUCUGCCGGGUCAAGGGCUGGAUCAAGGGCCGGGUCGGGUGGCAACCAUUGAUAAGGGUUUUGCAUGUGAUUUAUGGAAAAUAAUUCCAUUGGAGCAUAUAUGGAAAAAUUAGGUUAUAACCAUAAGAUGUGUGUGUGUGUGUGUGUGUGUGAAAAAGUAAAGUAAAAUAAUAAGCUAGUAAUGAUCGUGGUAUCAUACAUGGUUUCUGUUAAUGUUGUUGUUUUUAUAUUUUACUCGUGUUUAUUGGUGUUUGUUGUAAUAUGGUCAAAAUGGACUCCAAUAAUGUGUUAGCGUAUGAUUGUAAAAGAUGUAGCCUUGAUUUUCCAUGUAUUACUAAUAUUAUUUUCUUUUGGUAA